AUGAAAACGGAAAUCUACGUCGAUGUAUCGAUAAACUUGUCAAGCUUCUUUUUAAAGAAUAUCGGUCUUUGGGAAGAUAACGAUCCAGUGGACGACUGUCGAAGAAAGCUGCUGCGUAGCCUUUUGGUCUUCUGUUUAAUUGUUUCUGUUUUAAUCUGUGGCAGAGAUUUAUAUUUUACGUAUUACUAUAAUGGCGAUGUUCUAUAUAUUAUGAGCAACAAUUUAAGCCUGACGAUGUCUGUUGUCAAGGUGUUUAUCAUAAUAGCACACCAAGAGGAAUUUCUCGGUCUGAUUAUGUACAUGCAGCAACAUUUCUGGAAUGUCAACUACGAUUUCCAUGAGAGAGAAAUUUUGAGCAGUUGCAAGAAAAUCUGUACCAUUUUCGUUUCCGGAGUUUCUCUUAUUGGCAUAUGUGCCAUGCUAUGCUACAUAAUAACACCGUUCUUUGAACAUGCUAGGAGAAAUGAAUCUGAAAGGGUGCUUCCAUUCAAUAUGUGGCUAAAAUUGCCGUUAUCAGUGUCACCUUACUACGAAAUAAUGUUUAUUUUUCAGAUAAUGAAUUUGUAUUACGUCGGGAUCUGUUAUUUUUGCUUCGAUAAUAUUUUCUGUGUCAUGGCUAUACAUUUGGCAGGCCAGUUUCGUAUACUUCAGUACAGGUUAACGACAUUAUGCAACACAGAAACUCAGAUAAGCUACAAAGAGUCAGAAUCGAUGUUGAUGAAGCGAAUACACAGAUUUUACAAGAAACUUAACCAGUACAUUCGAGAUCAUCAGGCACUCAUCAAUAUUUGCGAUAAGCUUGAGACAGUGUACACGAUGAUUAUACUUAUACAAGUAUUGGUAUUCAGUUUGUUAAUUUGCCUGUUUGGUUAUCAAGUAUUUUUGGCAAACGGACCAACUACGAGACGCGCCAGUUUCAUCUUUCUUUUAAUCGGUGCGAUGUGUUUGUUGUUUACGUUCACCUACAGCUGCAAUUGUGUGAUGGAGCACAGCGAUAACAUCGCUAUUGGAGCAUAUUCAGCGUUAUGGACAAUUAUGCCAAUGAAUAGACCUGGGAAAAAGCUUCGAAACGAUCUGAUAAUGGUGAUCAUGCGGUCUAGACGAGUUUGUUGUUUAACUGCGAACGGAUUUUUCCCUGUGUCACUGGAAACUUACACUUCGAUUUUGAGUACUGCAGUAUCGUACUUCACAUUGCUAAGGAACAACGUUGAAACCCUGAUCGAAGAAUAA